AUGGAGAUCAGUGUGCGAAUUCGAAGUACUGGAAGCUAUUCAAAUGUUCCACCUCUGGAUGGACAUAGUUGUAAUAUUAAUGCAACGAAUCCCAGUUGCACAGUGGAAGAACUCUUGCAGGACAAGAGGUUAGCAAGCAACGCAUUUAAUUCAUUUGUUAAUAAGCAGACCCCUGGUAAUCUAAAUAAGGGUGCUAUUCAUACAGCAGAAGGGCAUAAAGUUGAGCAUGCCAAAAAUUAUGACAAUAGUGAGUUAAGUGUUAAUUUUGGUAGCAGGGCCACUGGAACUAAUGCAGAUACUACCUCUUGCAUUGACCAGGAAAGAAGCUCUAAAGGCUAUUCUCUUGCUUCAUAUGCGAACGAGCAUGCAUCUGUUUCGGAAAAUAGUUUUGUCUGCAAUGGCAUUUUGGAAGAACUUAAGCCCGAUAGAGGUACUUCUGAAACUGAUUUGGUUUGCCCAUCGGAAUAUCAACAAGGAUAUAAUCUGGUAAAUCAUGCAAACAACACAUCCUCAAGGCCAAUUGAAGUAUUAAAAGAGGAGGUUAAAAGAUCUUGGAAUGAUGAGGUGCUGCAUCCUUUUGGCAGCAGUCGCAGUGGACAAGAAGCGAAUGCUAUGAGUAGCACUGUGACCUCAAUAAAUUCUCAAGGACCUUCCCUUGUUAUUUCGGGGGAUAACCAAUCAUUUGCUACUGGCUCUGGCAUAUUUAGUAGCUCAGUAUUGGACGAUAAGCUGAUAAGAGUCCCUGUUAAUGACUUAGCACGCCCAAGUGGUAGUGAGCAAACCCCUGGUUUUGUAAAUAAUCUGAACAGGAUUUAUAGCACCACAUCGUGGGAGCAGCCUAAAUCCGAGGUUGCAGAAAAUUCAAGGAACAAUGAGGCCAUCAAUGGUUUUUUAAAUGAUUCCCAACCUACUGCCGAUUCCAUCUCCGAGCUUAGGUGGAGAAAUGGUGGGCAAAACGUCCAGCAGAGUGCAUUGGCUGACAAUUCUUCUGCACUUAUGCCAUCAUCUGUCAGUUAUCCGAACUUUGAUCUGCUGUCAAGCAAGGGUGCAAAUGGAGCUUUGAGCAUAAGUGAAAAGUUUGACAACACUUCAUGUUUGGAAGGAUUAAAGUCGAGUAGUUUAGAGCAGUUUGAGCAUGACUUUCUGACUGCUCAAGCAACCUAUCAGUCAAAGGAAUCAAAUGUGUUGUCAUAUGAUGAGACUCAUGAGAGUAUAGAGCAAGGUUUCAAUUCAUCUGGUUGGCCAGAGAAGGAAGCACUGCCUUCGGUGCCAAAUAUAGAAAGCAGGCGUGAGAUUAACAGCUGUGUCUGGUGCAGAAAUGAGUUUUAUCAUGAUGUUUAUGGAGCCGGAAUGCAAACUGGUUCAGUGGGUUUUAUGUGUGCAAACUGCCAGGGCAAGUUCUCAGGUCAUGUCGGUUUUCUGUAGUUAUCCAUUCACUCCAUGAUUCAUGAGGAUUUGCUAAUUAUAUACCCAUCAUCCUAGCAAUAUCUUUGAUAUGAGGCAUUGGUCGAACUCUUUGGAGGACUGCUUCACAGAUAGACCUUUGUAACUAGGGACGAGCUGGUUCUGGUAUGGCGCUCUAUGUCAUAUCUUGUCAGAAGUCACUUGCUGCAGCACAUUCUUUUUUCUUCUUCAUUUCCUUUGGGUCUAAUUGUUUGUUUGAUAAUUUACGCUGAUUUAGGCCUCUCUUUUUUUUCUUUCUGUGGAGGACCCUUUUUUCUAUUAUCCUCACAAGAAAGAAACUCAUUGUCCAGUUAGGUUUAUGGGCUAACUUGUGCAUAGCAACUUGCAUAACAUUUUCGUCCCUUAAUAUAGCCUUACAAAAUAAAUACUUACUGCCCAAACUUAUUGUAUGCUGAGUUGCUGACUCUUGUUUUCAUUGUGAAAACUUGGUCUUGUUAGAAUA